GGAGGCGGUGACGUGCCGGGGUUACCCGAGGUGAGGCUGGGACCCGGGCUGAACUUGGCACAAAUAGGGGCCGGAGCGGGCGCGCGCGGCAGACGCGGAGGGAGGCAGCGGCGAAGGGGCGUCGGGCCCUAUUGCAGCGGAGCGACCGGCGGGCGCCAGGCGUGGCCCGUCCCCUGGCGCCAUGAGCUCAUCCCCAGAGGAACCACCUCGCCCGCCCUCGCCAGGCCCCGCCAGGCUCUGCAUUGCCGUGUCCUGCUUCGCCGAGGAUUCCACAGCCCUGACGGGCAGCAGGCUGCUGGUGGCCGGGGGCAGGCCCCAGGACCCGGCCGCGGGGGGCGCAGCUCGGCGGAAGCGGGAGUUCACCCCGGAGGACAAGAAGGACGACGGCUACUGGGACAAGCGCAAGAAGAACAACGAGGCGGCCAAGCGUUCGCGGGAGAAGCGGCGCGUCAACGACCUGGCGCUGGAGAGCCGGGUGUUGGCGCUGCUGGAGGAGAACGCCCGGCUCAAGGCCGAGCUCCUGGCCCUCAAGUUCCGCUUCGGCCUCAUCCGCGAGCCGGCUGAGCCCCCGAGGCCGGCCGCUGCGCCCGCCCCCUACCCGUACCCGCUGGGCACCGAGCCCCUGCCGCCACCGCCACGCUACGGCCGCCCCUUCCAGCCGGAGGCGGGCGGGGGGUACUCCGAGGACUCCGGGUUCUCCACGCCCGGCAGCUCCAGCAUGGGCAGCCCCGUCUUCUUUGAGGAGCGGGACGGGUUCGAGGGGCACUGCUUGGUGCCCGAGGCCCCCGGGGAGGAGGGGGAGGCAGGCCGGGGGGGGCGCUAUGACCCGGCGGGGGAUGCCGUCAAGAGCUUGCCCCACAAGCUGCGCUUCAAGAUGGCCGGGGGGCCCAGGAGAUGGGGGGGCGAGGCCCAAGCCCCCUAUGCCCCGUCGCCGCCCGCCGGGGACUGGCGGGGGGGCGCAGCCGGAGGGGAGGACCAAAGGAACGGGGCAGCAGCAUCAGGGGUGGGGGCUGCGCUGUUUGGGGGGUGCUACGGCACUGGGGGGUCGCCCCCCCUCCCACUCCAGGAGCCCGGGUACCAGACGGAGAACGGCGCCCUCCGGAGCCAGCUGGCAUCCCUGUCGGCCGAGGUGGCUCAGCUGAAGAAGUUCUUCUCCGAACAGAUCCUGGUCAAGAUGAACUGAGGGGUGCUGGGGGGAAGGGGGUGGCUGGGAGCAGGUGUGGGUUUUCAUCUCCCCUCCCUGGGGCCCUUCCCCCCAUGUUCGCUUGCCCCCUCCCCAUGUAUAUUUGUACAGAUUUCUGCCCCUUGGGGCGCUUGGGGGGUUUUCUAUCGUGUAUCCGUUGCCGGAGACUUUUAAAAUAAUAAACAUGUUUCUGGGGG